AGCGCUUCCGGGGUCGGGUUAUUCCGGCCCGCCCCGCCCCGCCGCCGGUGCCUUGCUGGAAACUCCGGCCCUCCCGGAAGUGGACCGGGCCUGUCUGUCGGGGUCGCCACUACCCCGCUGCUGCUGAGGGCCGCGGGGGCGGCGGCGAUGGCGGAGGCGGCACUGCUGCUGCCGGAGGCGGCGGCGGAGCGGGACGCUCGGGAGAAGCUGACUCUCUGGGAUCGGGGACCCGACACCACGGCGCCUCUGACCGACAGGCAGAUGGACUCGGUGCUGGAGCUGAAGGCGGCGGCCGAGAACCUGCCGGUGCCGGCCGAGCUUCCAAUUGAAGACUUGUGCAGUUUGACGUCCCUGUCGCUGCCCAUCACACAGAUGUCAGUAGUACCAGAAUCUACCGAAGACAUUCUCUUGAAGGGUUUUACUUCCUUAGAAAUGGGAGAGGAAAGAAUCGAAACGGCACAGCAGUUUUUUUCAUGGUUUGCAAAACUACAAACUCAGAUGGAUCAGGAUGAAGAAACUAAAUAUAGACAGAUGAGGGAUUACUUGUCUGGGUUUCAGGAGCAGUGUGAUGCUAUAUUGAAUGAUGUAAACAGUGCUCUGCAGCAUCUGGAAUCAUUGCAGAAACAGUAUCUUUUUGUGUCCAAUAAGACAGGAACCCUACACGAAGCCUGUGAACAGCUCCUGAAGGAACAGUCGGAACUUGUUGACCUGGCAGAAAACAUUCAACAAAAGCUUUCCUAUUUUAAUGAAUUGGAAACUAUUAACACAAAAUUGAAUUCUCCUACGUUGUCUGUGAAUAGUGAAGGAUUUAUACCUAUGCUGGCCAAGUUAGAUGAUUGUAUAACAUAUAUCUCAUCUCAUCCAAAUUUUAAAGAUUAUCCUGUCUACUUACUGAAGUUCAAGCAGUGUCUUUCUAAAGCUUUGCACCUCAUGAAGACAUACACUGUGAACACACUACAGAACCUCACAAGUCAGUUACUGAAGAGGGAUCCUUCAUCUGGACCUAAUGCAGACAACGCCUUCACACUAUUUUAUGUGAAAUUCCGAGCUGCUGCCCCCAAAGUCAGAACUCUUAUUGAACAAGUAGAACAGCGAUCUGAAAGGAUACCUGAAUACCAACAGCUGCUGAAUGACAUUCACCAGUGUUACCUUGACCAGAGGGAGCUCCUUUUGGGCCCUAGUAUCACUUGUACCGUAACAGAGCUAACCAGCCAGAAUAACAGAGAUCAUUGUGCCUUGAUUCGCAGCGGCUGUGCCUUCAUGGUCCACGUAUGCCAGGAUGAACACCAGCUUUACAAUGAAUUCUUCACAAAACCAACGUCAAAAUUAGAUGAACUUUUGGAGAAACUGUGUAUGUCAUUGUAUGAUGUCUUCAGGCCAUUGAUCAUUCAUGUUAUUCACUUAGAGACUCUUUCGGAACUUUGUGGGAUUCUUAAAAAUGAGGUGCUUGAAGAUCAUGUACAGAACAAUGCUGAACAGCUGGGGGCAUUUGCAGCUGGUGUAAAGCAGAUGCUGGAAGACGUACAAGAGCGGCUGGUCUACCGAACCCACAUCUAUAUUCAGACGGACAUCACUGGCUACAAGCCAGCUCCUGGCGACCUAGCGUACCCCGAUAAGCUGGUCAUGAUGGAGCAAAUUGCACAGAGUUUAAAAGAUGAACAGAAGAAGGCACCUUCAGAAGCUUCGUUUUCAGAUGUUCGGUUAGAAGAACCAGAGUCUAACAGUCUAACAAAAUCUGGUUCAACAGAAUCUCUCAAUCCUAGGCCACAGGCCACAAUUUCUCCGGCAGAUCUUCAUGGAAUGUGGUAUCCUACAGUUCGACGGACGCUUGUGUGUCUCUCCAAAUUGUACAGAUGUAUAGAUAGGGCGGUGUUCCAGGGGCUAUCACAGGAAGCCUUGUCCGCCUGCAUUCAGUCCUUACUGGGAGCCUCGGAGUCUAUCAGCAAAAACAAGACUCAGAUUGAUGGACAACUUUUCUUAAUAAAGCAUCUUUUGAUUCUUCGUGAACAAAUCGCUCCAUUUCACACUGAAUUCACCAUUAAGGAAAUUUCCCUGGACCUCAAGAGAACUAGAGAUGCAGCGUUUAAAAUCCUGAACCCCAUGACUGUUCCAAGAUUUUUUCGGCUGAAUAGCAACAAUGCCUUGAUAGAGUUCUUGUUGGAGGGUACUCCUGAGAUAAGAGAACACUACCUCGACUCUAAAAAAGACGUAGACCAUCAUCUGAAGUCGGCCUGCGAGCAGUUUAUCCAGCAGCAGACCAGGCAGUUUGUAGAGCAGCUGGAGGAGUUCAUGAUGAAGGUUUCAGCAUUAAAAACAAUGGCCAGCCAGGGAGGACCCAAAUACACCCUGUCACAGCAGCCGUGGGCACAGCCAGCAAAGGUCGGUGACCUGGUGGCAAGUGUCUAUAAGACAAUAAAAUCAAAGCUGCCUCUGACAUUGAGAAGUAUGUCAUUGUACCUCUCUAAUAAAGAUACCGAGUUCAUCUUGUUUAAGCCUGUUAGGAAUAAUAUUCAGCAAGCCUUCCAGAAGUUCCAUGUCUUGUUAAAGGAGGAGUUUGGUCCUGAGGACAUCCAGAUUAUUGCGUGUCCCUCCGUGGAGCAGCUGAACCUCCUGCUGUCAGUGUCUAAGUAACAGGCCAGUUGGGCCGAGUCACGCGGCCGCGGGGCACUGAGAAACUGUAUGCGAUUGUCCCCAAGAACCACACAGGCAUGCUCCUCACUGCUGACUGCGUCAUGAAGUACAAGCAAAGGGUUAAAAGAUUGCUGCUUCCCUUUUAGAAACACCAAAAUGCCAAAGAUUAAUCCAUGAGCCGUGGCAACGUCCUCAUUUAAAUGGUCGCAAGACGUGAGUUUUUAAGAGGUAGCGAUGGCGGGCACGCAGUGAGAUGGUUCUUGCAAAGGAUGUGCAAUGAAAACAGGUGGCAGCAUGUAGGGCAGGGAACUUGAUGGAACUAGAGCCAAUUAGAAAGUGUCUAAAGUCAGGCUUGCUAAGGUGUGAAACACGGCGAUGCCUCCCACCGAGCAUUCCACAGCGACUCUUCUUUUACUUCCAGAACUGUUAUUUCUGCCCUCGAUUUAGCAUAACGCUUUUCCUGUCACCUUGAAGUUGAGUUUGGAGCAGAUUGGAUGCUUCUGAGAACACCUUCUGCCUUCCUGUGAACUCAGGGUGUCCUCUGCCCAUGGACUUGGUGUGAGGCCGUUUCCGUGUAUAGGUACCUUGCGGACGGUCGCAGGACCUGUACUCCCCGAAUUGCUGAGGUACAGAAUGUUCAAGAACAGGGAGUGGCUGCCGCCCCAUAAUACUGGGUUGUCAGAAAAGUCAUGACGCAUUUUUGCAACGAAAAACAGAAAAAAUAUGUCAUGACUUUUCCGACAACCCAGUAGACACACGGUGUUUUUAGUGAACCGCCGUGGAACAGCCGUCAGUGUGAGUGGGAAGCGCAAGUGGGCCAUGUACACCUGGCACGUGACAGGGAGGAGGAAGCCCCGUGAGGAGGGUGUCGCACGCACGCGGGGAGGAUGACCAGCCUCCUGAGCUCAGGCCCUCGGGCCCAGUCCUUCUCUGAGAAGCCAGCGCGCUCACGGCCUCUGUGUUCGGUGACUGUGCCGAGUACCUGUGACAGCCGAGGAGGGUCAAGACUGCCUUCCCCCUAAAACCACCCCACUAUGUCAGGGAUCGUCACAUGAAUCAGGACGUCUGUGACUUUUCCUCCAAAUACUGAUUUCCUGAUGGGAUUGGUUUUGCCUCUGAUGUUACAGUAAAAGUAGCCUGCUUUUUGGUUCCAAAGGAAUUUUGAGUUAUUCAAACACUAGUCUAGAGAUGGAACACCGACGCGGGUCCUGGAAUGUAGCAGCAGCAGCUGCCAAUCGGCGUGCCGAGCAGCGUUUCCACCCCCUUCAAGCAGACCCCGCAGUGUGCAGAGGGGUUACUGCCGUAUUCUCACGUCUGUCAUUUUCGACAGGUCACUUGUUUCUCACCUCAGUUUGAAUUGGUGAUAGGUGUUGCUCGAUCGAGCUUCAUACUCUGUGUUUGGGGAAGACAGAUGGUACAGAGGGUCCAUAGUCGUUCUGUGACACGAAACGAAUUACGAAUAUUGUAUUUACUUCCACUUACUAUUUAAGUACACGUUUAAUGAAAUAAACUGUAAAAUACCCAGUUUUGUGUAUUAUAUGUACAUUUGGUUUUUUAAAAGCCUUUCCAAAGAAACGAGGGCAUGGUUAUUGUACAUACUGUGACUGAUUUAUUUGAUGUACAGAGCAGUGUGUUCUUAAGGAUAAAAAUAUUUGACAACACUCGUUCUUGUGUUGAAUCUUUUAUUUCUGAAACAGACCUUGCACAGUGCUGAGUAUGUGAUAGUGAUCCAACUCGUUUGCUAAAUGAACAUUUGUUUAAACCUGUACAGUUUCAAGUGUUUACUUAUACAAAGAGUGUACAUACUUUCAAAUAAUUUAAAAUGCUUUAUAUUAUUUGGCUAGAAAUUGCUGUUUUUAAUAAAUGUGAAUUUUUU